GUCUCCCCCUUGGCCGCUUCCCUAGGCUUGGCGUAAAAGAAAAUCUCCCCGUCUCGUCGUCUCCUCCGCUCCUUGCGCCAUCUCGCGGCUGAACAGGGGAGGGGCGGCGAUCUCCAUCCGGCGAGCGGAGCAGGGGAGGGGAGGGGAUCUUGACAAUGGUUGGACCUGGGCAUAGGAACAGUCACGGGAAGCGUCACUCUGAUUAUGCUGAAAAUGGAGGUGGCAAGAGAAGGAAUCCUGGUGAUGAUACAUAUGCUCCUGGUCCAGAUGAUACUGUCUACCGCUAUCUUUGCCCUUCUAGAAAAAUAGGGAGCAUCAUUGGGAGGGGUGGAGAAAUUGCUAAGCAGAUGAGGGCCGACACUCAAGCUAAGAUAAGGAUUGGUGAGAGUGUAUCUGGUUGUGAUGAGAGAGUUAUCACAAUAUUUAGCUCAAGCAGGGAAACUAAUACCCUAGUAGAUGCUGAAGAUAAGGUUUGCCCUGCCCAAGACGCUCUCUUUAGAGUUCAUGAAAAGCUAUCCAUAGAUGAUGAUAUUGGGAAUGAAGAAAGUGAUGAAGGUUUAGCUCAAGUUACCGUUCGGUUGCUUGUGCCAUCAGACCAGAUUGGAUGCAUUAUUGGAAAAGGUGGGCAUAUUAUACAGGGAAUCCGCAGUGACACUGGUGCUCAUAUACGUGUUCUUAGCAAUGAAAAUCUCCCUGCGUGUGCCAUCAGUGGUGAUGAACUUCUUCAGAUAUCUGGGGACUCAACAGUUGUCAGAAAAGCUCUUCUUCAAGUGUCAUCUCGUCUCCAUGACAACCCAUCUAGGUCACAGCAUCUUCUUGCAUCCAGCAUGACACAGCCUUAUCCAGUGGGCUCCCACCUUGGUAGUUCCUCAACUGCACCAGUUGUGGGGAUUACGCCUUUAAUUAGUUCUUAUGGAGGAUACAAAGGUGAUGUGGCUGGAGAUUGGCCUUCUAUAUAUCAACCACGGAGGGAGGAGAGCUCUGCAAAGGAAUUUAGCUUGCGCCUUCUUUGUGCUGCAUCAAAUGUGGGAGGUGUAAUUGGAAAGGGUGGUGGAAUUAUCAAACAGAUUAGGCAGGAGUCUGGAGCCUUUAUCAAAGUUGAUAGUUCAAAUACUGAAGAUGACUGCAUAAUUACUGUUUCUGCAAAGGAGUUCUUUGAAGAUCCUGUCUCCCCAACAAUAAAUGCUGCAGUUCAUUUACAACCAAGAUGCAGUGAGAAAACUGAUCCGGAAUCAGCGAUCCCGUCUUACACAACACGCUUGUUGGUGUCGACAUCACGUAUUGGGUGCUUGAUUGGAAAAGGUGGUUCAAUCAUUACUGAGAUAAGGAGAACAUCAAGAGCAAACAUACGUAUCCUUUCUAAGGAGAAUGUACCAAAAGUAGCAGCAGAAGACGAAGAGAUGGUUCAGAUCAGUGGAGACCUUGAUGUUGUAAGACAUGCUCUUCUGCAAAUAACUACUAGGCUGAAAGCCAAUUUCUUUGAAAGAGAAGGUGCUUUAUCAGGUUUCCCACCUGUAAUCCCUUACCAUCCUCUUCCAGUUGGUGUUUCUGAAGGGCCAAAGUAUCUAGGCAGAGAUACUAAGCCUCUUGGGCAUGAUUAUCCAUAUUCAAGUGGAUAUCGUGGCUCAGAUGAUAUUGGCCCUAUUGACAGCUAUGCAAGUUAUGGCAGCUCCCAGGUCUCUGGAGGAGGUUAUGGGGCUUAUGGUGGAUAUAGUGGUCGUUCUGGCAGCAGUGGGUUAUCUGGCCCUAGUUCAUUUUCCUAUGGAAAGCGACAUGGUUAUUAGGACUUAGAUUGACAAAUGCAACAGCCAAGACAAAAGAAUGCCAAGACCAAUGAAGUAUGGAGCCUGCUUAUUGGAGCCCCUUCCCAAACCAGAUGACCAAGAGUAUGGCCCCAACCUGGAAGCUUUGCCUAAGAGGGACCUGCCUGGAUGCCAUAGACCAUCUUAUUUCCCUAGUAUACAGCAUUUACUUAUAUUUUCCUCUGGGACUAUGUUGAUUCCCCGUCUUACAUGUUCUAAACCUAUGUAUUGAAAGUUCACAGUUGAGACUUCCUGUAUGUGUUCUCGUGCAACCUGCUUCAUCUUAGUAGUUCGUGUGGAAGAACUUGGUUCCCUGUUUGCCAACCAAAAGCCUAGAAGUUACUUGCCCUUGCUUUAAGGAUGUGGAUCGUGUCAUCCUUCACAUUCGUUCCUAUCUGCACAUAGUUCCCCAGAGAAAAUUGUACCUCCUCAGUGAGCUCAAAAUAGGCUAACAUAAAACUUAAGUUUACCUAUAAACCAAUCUCAGCAUGGUCUUCUAGUAUCAACCUGUCUGGUAAGCUAUAUGACUACUAUGGCGAUUUACAGUUAGCUGGAAGUUUUCGCUUUUGCUGAUUUAUAGAUCAUAAAAGCCCUAACAUGCAAUUGUGCAAGCCAUGCUAUACAUGGGAUCUUGACUUGAUGUGCACGUGUGCUCUGAUGCUCAAUCUGAGUGUGGGUAAGUUUCAGAGAACCUCUCAAAGUUAAUAACUGGGUUGAGAUUUUAUCGAGUUAAGAGUUUCCUUUGUGUUUUGGAGUCUUUUCCUCUUCUUUACCCUUCUCAUGGAGGUGCAGGAGCAUACGCCGUGUGCUGCUACUGCAGACUUGUCCACUGCUAUAUGGAACCACUGCUGGAGUUGCAGAACGUUGGUGCCAUGCCAUGCAGGGCAUUUGUUAGUGUAUUGCUGUAGACUAUGAUACAUUUUCGAUGUAGGCGGUAACAUGGCAAACAGUAUUGUGCUGCUUUCAGUAUAUUUCUUUUUUUUGGCCAAAUUUGUUUAUGCAUGUAAAAGCAAUUCUCUCAACAUUGUAUUUGAACAGUUUGGUCGAAUUAGCCGAUCAUUCUUAUGUACUGAUUGAUGUCCA